ACCAUGGACAGCGCUGGAUUGAUGCGAGCAGUGGAUGGGUUGCUGUCCAGCAUUGAAUCGAUCCCAAGUCUGGGAAGCUGAGAUCAUGUCUGUGCAGAGGAUGGCCAUGAAUCUUGUACAAAGUUUGUGCCAGGCUGUGUACUGUGCCAGUACUGAAUGGGUCAGAUGAGCCUGGAGUUCUCUGCACCAGUGCUGGUAACUGAUAUGUUGUUUCUUGUCUGGGGCUGAAUGGAGAUUUUGAUGAGCAAGGUCUUAUUCCUGCUGUUUCUUCUGGGUAAGUUCUCAUGUUACCAGAACUGAGGAUGGAAUGGAACAUCACAGUCACAGCUAAUGGGAGCACGGGGUCAGAUACCCUUAGCAAGCAUCGCAUAUCUGUGUUCAGCGUCCUCAUCUUAACUCUACUGGCUAUGCUGGUAAUUGCCACCUUCCUGUGGAAUGUAUUAGUGCUGGUGACUAUCCUGAGGGUGAGAACUUUCCACCGUGUUCCUCAUAAUCUAGUGGCAUCCAUGGCAAUAUCAGAUGUGAUGGUGGCUGCUUUGGUGAUGCCUCUUAGUUUGGUACAUGAGCUGAAUGACCGGCGGUGGAGGCUGGGGCGGGUGCUCUGCCACAUCUGGAUCUCUUUUGAUGUUCUGUGUUGCACAGCCAGCAUCUGGAAUGUGACAGCUAUUGCCCUGGACAGGUACUGGUCCAUCACCAGACACUUGGAAUACACUUUGAAGACCAGAAAAAGGAUAUCUAACAUUAUGAUCCUGCUGACUUGGCUGUUAUCUGCUGUCAUCUCCUUGUCUCCUCUGUUUGGAUGGGGGGAGACAUAUUCAGAGGUGAAGGAGGAGUGUAAGGUUAGCCAGGAACCCUCUUACACAAUCUUCUCCACCUUUGGAGCCUUUUACCUGCCACUGUGUGUGGUUCUGUUUGUGUACUGGAAAAUCUACAAAGCUGCUAAAUUCAGAAUCGGGUCAAAGAAAACAAACACAAUCACACCCAUGCCAGAAGUGAUUGAGGUCAAAGAAGCAUCCAACCAGCCUCAGAUGGUCUUCACAGUCCGUCAUGCCACUGUCACUUUCCAGACAGAUGGGGACACAUGGAGGGAGCAAAAGGAGAAGCGAGCAGCCCUCAUGGUGGGCAUCCUUAUUGGGGUCUUUGUUCUCUGCUGGAUUCCUUUCUUUAUCACAGAACUUAUUAACCCCCUGUGUUCCUGUGACAUUCCUCCUAUCUGGAAAAGUAUUUUCUUAUGGCUGGGUUACUCAAAUUCUUUCUUCAAUCCACUGAUCUAUACUGCGUUUAAUAAAAAUUAUAACAAUGCAUUUAGAAACUUGUUCUCAAGACAACGGUGACAACCCUUUCUGAAGUCUAAAUGGCCAAGCAUGCAUUAAAAACUAUGUCUUCAUCCAAGGACCCUUGCCUGGCAGUGAUUCCAU